AUGUCUGACUCUGAUAUUAACCUUGCCCUACCGCGCAAUGCCCGGGCCCAAAGAAAACCACGAACAAUAUCAUCGCUGACCACGCAGCAGAUCCAGCAUAAGCGCGAUCUGGAUCGGAAAGCCCAGCGCACGCUGCGACAACGGGCCAAGUCCCGAGUGCAGGAUCUUGAGCAGGACUUGGCCCGUGCGAGAUCAUGCUUGUCAGAUCGUGAAAAAAGCAUGAUGGAUGAGGUCCAAUCUCUGCGGGAAGAGAACCGGCGGCUCCGGUCGUGUCUGAAAAGUAUCGGGCAGUUUGCUUUCGGUGGUGUGUCCGUGGAGGAGAAUGGUCAGGCCCCUGACUCAGUCCCGAUCGCCGAGAAUGAGCCGAUCGCCGACGCGACUGAUGGGCCUGGGAAUCCUCACGACCCUCAGCUGGGGGAUGACUUAACUUCAGAGAAUGGACCGGUUGACAGCAGCGAUGGUGAUGGCAAUACAGACCCCAUUGAGCGAAACUUUUCCUGGCGCAGCCAGAGCAACAUCCAGGGACGCCCGGAAGGUCUAUCGGAUGCCUACCAUGAAAACACAAUGUCGACUGGAGUGGAACUACCGUCACCAGUGUCGGAGAGCCUGGCUGGCCAGGGCAUCGGCCAACCGAGGCAGCGAGAUCAUUAUCUGGAUCGUAUUACCACAUCUCAGAGACUCCAAGAUCCUAUCAUGGCUCCGACUCCAACGUCCUCGAUUGCAGUCAACACCGUCCUGCAGGACCCCACGUCCACCGGCAUUGCAUCCGUGCUUCCCAAACAUCACUCCGCAACGUGUCCUUUGGAUCAAAUCCUUUUGGACUUUAUCAGUUCCCGACGCGCUCUGGCGGCCAAGGGUUUUGCCAUUAACGUAGUCGUGGGCCCGACCCAGCCAUGCCUGCAGGCAGUCUUCAAUCCCCUAGCUGCGGCUGGCGUACACCCGACCAGCCGGGUCCUGGCCGAAGUUCUCUCAACAUUCCGGCAUGUAGCGCUCCCAGAGAAACUGGCCUUUAUGUUUGUUAUGUUUCGAACGAUGAGGUGGCAAAUAUCACCCACCGAUGCGAACUACGAAGAAAUGCCACGUUGGCUUCGCCCAACCGCGGUCCAGAUUACAGUGGCUCAUGCGGCAUGGAUAGAUAAUAUACCUUGGCCGCGCGUGCGCGACAUACUGAUCCAGAAUCCGGAGAAAUACCCCUUUCCUCUCUUCUCGGAACUGUACUCGCAAAAUGUGACGGUGAAUUGGCCGUAUGAUACCAUGGAUACAGUUUCACAUCAGGGCGAUUCUGUUGUAUUCAACCCCAUCUUCGAAAAACAUGCCCGAAAACUGGAUAACUGGACGGUUUCUGGUCACUUCAAAGAAUAUAUGCCUGAGAUGAUGACCGCAAUUUACGGGCGUGAUUGA